ACAGUAGUGAGUUGAUUCAUAAUAUUUUUGUUAUGGUUGCGUGAGAUCUCAGUUACAUACAAUAUGUGAUUUCGUUGAAGAGUUCCAGACUUGAAACGGUAUAAACAAGAGUAAAAUUACUCUGAUAUGGCUCGCUUUUUGCAGUUAAAACUGUGGAAAAAUAUUUCGACUACGGUGCACAUGGCAAAGAAAAAACACUUUCGUGAACUCAAAGAGUCGACGCCAAACAAUCCUGGAGUGAAUUUGAGACUACGGGCAAUUUCGCAGGAAGAAAAGGGCCUACCGAUGAAUUUUGAAGAUGAUAUUGAUGAUUUCGAGUUAGACGUAAUGAAUGCUGACAAAGCUUUUGAUGACCAUGAAAGAGAGAUCAAAAGACAGAAACAUGUGCAGGCAAUGAAAAUUGUUGAAAGGAAGUAUUUCAAGAAAGCCAAGGAACCAAGUAUGGUGUUCUGGGAAGAAAAAGAACAGAUGCGAUAUCUUCAUAACAACAACCCAGAAGAGUGGGAUGUUGCUAGACUCUCAGAAAGCUUUCCAGUUUCACAGACUGCUGUAAAGAAAAUUCUAAAGGCAAAUUGGAGUCCACAAGAUAGAGAGAGAAUACUGAAGUACAAUGAAAGUGUAAAAAGAAACUGGAAGCUGUUGGAAGACGGGAAACUAGAUAUAGAUGAAAAACUGAAAACCCAUUUAAUGAAAUUUAUGUCGAGGGAAAAAGCUCAGCUUCCAUCUUCUGCAUUGAAUCCUGGUACACUUCCACCAAAACAAUUAUGUCGUGGAGGUGACAAGAUUGCAGACACUGGAAGACUGAAUGCAACAAAACCGAAGAAGGAGCCACAUCAAGACCAACAACACAAAAAUAAGAGCGAAUUGCCAGGAACAUACAAGAUAGGUGAUUCUCAUUACGACAGUGAAGAUGGGGAGUUUUUGUUCCGUGUACCUGGAAUGAAUUCUUAGUGCAUUAGAUGUGUUGAUAAACAUAACACUGUGGCAGACUGGUACAAAAUGAAUGUUGAAAUGUAUAGCUUAUUUUUAAAUAAUGCACUGAUCCGAUUAGAAGCAUGAUGAACUUUUGAAAUACAAAUUGCAUAGGAACCCUAUGGUGGUGAUGUUUUUCUUUAAUCAGAGCAACAACUUUUUUGUUGAAGAUGUGUGAAGCUCGUAAGUAUCACCAUCAGUUAUUGAGUGUAUAGAGUAAGUAAUAAAUUUGUUGUUAAAUACUGUAUCCAAAGUA